UCAGUUGAAAGUGAAACUAAAAUAAAGUGUUUUUUUCAGGGGGAAAUCCACUCACUUCUGUCUCCUUCAGUCGUACACUGAUCACAUCAGCGAAUACAAGUCAACAUGACGGACUUUUCCACAAUUUAUAAACUGACUCUGGUCGCAGUUUCCUGCUUCGUACAAGUCUCCAGCAGCAGCAGCCGCUCCUCCUCCUCCUCCUGUCCUCCUCUGGAGUGCUGGUUUAUGAAGGAGAAGACAGGAGGAGGUUUCCGAGCCCAGCAGCAGAAGUCCCUGCUCCACAUCAGGACUGACGAGAACAGCCCCACUGAUGAUUCAGAGCCCACGGCGUCUGACGUCGGCGCUGACAGAGUUUUCUUCAUCACAGACCCCGCUGCCUCUCUCUGUCAUCACGCUCUCACCCCUGCCAAGGGUUCCCUGGAGAAGCCGCUGUGUGAGAUGAACCCCUUCCAGCAGCAGCCCUCCCACCUCAAAUGGGUGGCCCCCCUCACAGGGUCCGGGCUCAGCCCUCCGUACCUCCAAGCUGAUUGGUUGGCCCUUACAGUGAAAGGCCGGAACAAGCAGCUGAGCGUGUCCACCAUCAUGCGAGCGCCCACAGGAACCGAGGAGCCAAAGGUGAUCUUGAGUGUGACCACCAAGACCGUCCAGGUCCAGGCCAGACUCGGGGAGUCUGUGGUGCUGGACUGCGGCUACUGGGUCGACCCGUCUUCACCUCUGUCCGGGUCGGGUUUCGCUGUGGAGUGGCGGUACCAGUUCAGAGGCAGAGGACGACUGAUCCUGGCUUAUGAUGGCAAGUUGGACCGUCUGGCUGACGUCCAGGACCAAGACGCCACCAUGGACUUUGAGGCUCUGCACAAGACUGGGAAUGCAUCUUUGAUCCUGCAGGAGGCGAAAGUACGUCACUCUGGGAUGUACAUCUGCACCACGUAUCUGCCCUACCUCCAGACCCAGGUGGCAAUGGAGCUAGAGAUUAUUGAACCUCCGUCCCUCU